CGGCGGACGGGUGGGGCUGGUGUGGUCACGUGUCCAUUCUGCCCGGCCCCGUCCCGCCGCGCGCGGAGCAGCCGGGAGCGCAGGAUGAAAACCAUGACAGAUCUGGUCUUGAUGCUGAAGCAGUCUCUGUGAUGCAAACCGCCUGUGCUUGUUCUGGCUGUUUCACUCUGGGUCAUGUGUUAAUCACGCUCUUCCUGAUGGGAAAGCUGGCUGGCUGGAGGUUGUUGAAGAUCUGUUGACCUGAGGAUGGCCUGUAGACACGUUGAAGUCAUCGCUUACCAGCUACACAGUCUUCUGACGAGUGUGUUUCUGAUACGAGCUGUGGAAAUGCCUGGGAAAGCUGGAGACGUGGGCUGCUUUAUUUUUGUUUCUAUAAAUCCCCUUGAUGUAAAGCAUCUGAACAUCUGCAGCAGCAAUUUCUUCAAUCAGCGGGAGAUAAUUGUUUUUUUUUUUUUUAAUCUAAUAAAUGAAACGUCUUUCUUCUGGAGGCGUGCUUUUCUAGCAAAGGGAUGUGAUUCGGUUAACGACACUCGCGGAACAAGAGUUUUAUUCAGAAGUCAAGUGCAUUUACUCACUAGCUGAGGAUGAAAUCGCUUGUGGUUGAUGUUUCCUUCGCUUUGAGUUUUGCACUAUCUGGGGCAGAGCGGCACAAGCCAUGUAGAAUGCCGAGUUGUCAAAGGAGAAGGCACAGCAACAAGGCAUAGGGACAUAAGCUGGAACUUGUCUGUGUGCAAAAGCAUCCUGGCAUAGCAGAGAAUCCAUUAACAUACUCUGUCAGCCCGAUGUGGAGAAGUGCCAGGGUACCUGGAAUGUUGUAGGACCUGGACAAGGCUUCCUGGCAUUCCCUGGUGAAGUCUAAGGUGCACAUUACCUGGCUCGGAGGCUGUUAGAGCCACAAAUGGAACAUCAUCUCCCUGGGGCCUGUGGGAGUGCGUGUCAGAGAACAACAAAGAACCCAAAUAGGCCCUAAAACAAUUCCAGUCUUUGUGUUCGCCUUGUGUUGGGAGACUUCCCAGUUUCCAUAAAACCACCUAUUGUUCCAGGCCGGUGUGGCUGCGCAGCUCUUGCCUCAUGCAAACAGCUUGCCUGCUGUUUGUUUGCCUUCACUCCGGUGACCGCCAAGGAUGGGAUGCCCUGUGAGGCGGCUGGGGGCUCCAGCCUGAGAGGGACGGCUUCUCCAUUUCCCUGCUCCUGUGCCCUCUUGGGCCACCUGAGGCCGUCAUCCCUGGGGAGAGGAGCAGAAUGGGAGGAGCGGAGUGAUGCUCAAGGGUGAAGCAGUUGUCUGCUCUUCAGAGGAGAAACAGGCAGGCAAACAGCGAGGAGGAACUGUAAUUAAAUGGGUUUAUGACUGUACACUGCAAAGGCAAUGGUGAAAGAAAGGGUGAUAAUCUUACCUGAGCCACUAAAUCCUUCUGUUAAGUGGUUUGUAUGCUGUUUGUGAAACCAAGCCAUAGCUAACAGUGCAUUUUGAACACUUGAGCUUUCCCUGAAGAUGUUUUUAUGCUCCCGAAAGGAACUUAGGGAUGGUGUCAACAAUCCUCUCGGGUAUCAGCUCACCCCUUUGCGUGGUUUCAUCUGUACAGACAGGGAGACCGGUUGUUAUCACUUCAGACAGCGCAGGAAACGGGAGGAAGGCAAGACUUGGAAAAAUAGCAUUGUCCUUUUUAUCAAGCUACAAAAUGAUGCAGUCAAGGGUUUUGCUGGUGUCUGGGCUCUGAUUUGUGUUCGGAGAAGGGUUGAAAACCUUGGAGCUUCUCUGUGAACACUGCCUCCAACUUUGUAUACACUCUGGUUUGAUUUUUUUUUUAGCAGAUAAAGAAGAAAUUACAAUUGAGUUGUUGUUUGUUUAUUUUUUUGUUAAGAUCAUUGUCCAUUCCUCUUGUGAUUCUCUUGAAGUCCAACAUGUUGCACCCGUGCCUGGCAGGACUCCGUAUUCCAUGCUCUGGGGUUUGGAAGCUCUGGCCAUGGAUCAGAAAGGCUAUCGACGAGGGAGUUUCCAAAGCAGCACUAGCGAUGAAGAUAUGCUGGAAAUAGUGGGAGCAUCUCUGGACUUCUCCAUGACAGACGAUGACCCACCACUCGACAGGGAGAUGGGAGGAUUUUCCUCAUAUAAUGGAGGAGGGAUGAACAGCACAAGCACAAUGAUGGAUUUCCUGGAGGAACCUCUUCCUGGUGUGGGGACCUAUGAAGAUUUUAACACUAUAGAUUGGGUGCGAGAGAAGUCCAGGGACCGGGACAGGCACAGAGAGAUCACCAGCAGAAGUAAAGAAUCCACCUGGGCACUGAUCCAUAGCGUGAGCGAUGCCUUUUCUGGCUGGCUGUUGAUGCUCCUCAUUGGGCUGCUGGCAGGUUCCUUGGCGGGUCUGAUCGACAUUUCUGCUCACUGGAUGACAGAUCUGAAAGAAGGCGUGUGUUUAGCAGGUUUCUGGUUUAACCAUGAGCACUGCUGCUGGAAAUCCAACACAACUUUUACGGACAGAGACAAGUGUCCUGAGUGGGAGAGCUGGUCCCAGCUGAUCCUUGGCCAGGGAGAGGGGGCUUUUGCCUAUAUUCUCAACUACUUCAUGUACGUUCUCUGGGCAUUGUUGUUCUCCCUUCUCGCUGUGUUACUUGUGAAGGGCUUUGCUCCUUAUGCCUGCGGCUCGGGGAUCCCAGAGAUCAAAACUAUCUUAAGUGGUUUCAUCAUUAGAGGCUACCUGGGCAAGUGGACGCUGAUCAUCAAAACCAUCACCUUAGUGUUGGCCGUGUCCUCUGGGCUGAGCCUGGGCAAAGAGGGGCCCCUGGUGCACGUCGCCUGCUGCUGUGGGAACAUCUUGUGUCACCUCUUCACCAAAUACAGGAAGAACGAAGCGAAGCGCAGAGAGGUGUUAUCAGCAGCUGCAGCUGCUGGUGUGUCUGUAGCUUUCGGCGCACCGAUCGGAGGAGUGCUCUUUAGUCUGGAAGAGGUCAGUUAUUACUUUCCUCUCAAGACACUGUGGCGUUCCUUCUUCGCUGCUCUGGUCGCUGCAUUUACCCUGCGCUCCAUCAACCCUUUUGGAAACAGCCGCCUGGUUCUCUUCUAUGUGGAGUUUCACAUGCCAUGGCAUCUUUUGGAGCUCGUUCCAUUCAUCCUUUUGGGAAUAUUUGGUGGGCUUUGGGGAGCUUUCUUCAUCCGCAGCAACAUUGCCUGGUGCAGGCGACGCAAGACGACCAAGCUUGGCAAAUACCCUGUGCUGGAGGUGUUUGUGGUGACUGCAAUCACAGCCAUUCUGGCCUUCCCCAACGAGUACACCAGGAUGAGCACCAGCGAGCUGAUUUCAGAGCUCUUCAAUGACUGUGGGAUUUUGGACUCCUCCAAACUCUGCGAGUACGUGAAUGAUUUCAACAGCACCAAAGGGGAUGACCUGCCAGACCGAGCUGCUGGCCCUGGAGUUUACACUGCCAUGUGGCAGCUGGCUUUGGCACUUGUAAUGAAAGUCUUCAUCACAGUCUUCACCUUUGGCAUGAAGGUCCCCUCUGGUCUCUUCAUCCCCAGCAUGGCGGUGGGGGCAAUUGCUGGCCGCUUGCUUGGAGUAGCCAUGGAGCAGCUGGCCUUUUACCACCAUGACUGGGCCAUCUUCAGCGGCUGGUGCAGCCAAGGCGCCGACUGCAUCACUCCUGGCCUCUACGCCAUGGUUGGAGCUGCAGCCUGUUUAGGUGGGGUGACCCGAAUGACUGUGUCCCUGGUAGUUAUUAUGUUUGAGCUCACUGGUGGACUGGAAUACAUUGUUCCUCUGAUGGCAGCAGCCAUGACUAGCAAGUGGGUGGCUGAUGCCAUUGGACGAGAAGGCAUUUACGAUGCCCAUAUUCGCCUCAACGGAUACCCUUUCUUGGAAGCCAAGGAAGAGUUCUCACACAAGACACUUGCGAUGGAUGUAAUGAGGCCGCGGAGGAACGAUCCUCCUCUGACUGUCAUCACUCAGGACAGCAUGACUGUAGAAGAUGUUGAGACCAUUAUCAAUGAAACAACGUACAGUGGCUACCCAGUGGUGGUGUCACGAGAGUCCCAGCGGCUUGUGGGAUUUGUCCUCAGGAGAGACCUCAUAAUUUCAAUUGAAAAUGCCCGGAAGAAGCAGGAUGGAAUUGUGAGCACCUCAGUGAUUUAUUUCACUGACCACUCUCCUCCACUGCCUCCAAACUCCCCCUCUAUGCUGAAACUUAGGAGCAUCCUGGACCUCAGUCCUUUCACAGUGACAGACCAAACCCCCAUGGAAAUCGUCGUGGAUAUAUUCCGCAAGCUGGGAUUGCGCCAGUGCCUGGUGACUCACAAUGGGAAGCUCCUGGGGAUCAUUACCAAGAAGGAUGUAUUAAAGCACAUUGCACAGCUGGCCAACCAGGACCCAGAUUCGAUCCUCUUCAAUUAAAGCCCAGACUAGUAGCUAUUGUGUGUUCAACACAACAGAAACUUUAUUAUAGAUGAUCUUGGAGAUACUUUCCUAUUUUUAUGGAGACCGUGGAACUGUUUUCAGUGUUUUUCUUCCGUGGAACCGAAGAAGAUAAUUUUUUUUCUACCAGGUGACCAAUUGCACUACGUGAUCUGUGGAACAAGAUCUUCCUUUGAGAAGUAAAAACAGACUUUAUAUUGCUUUUGUGAAGUUGCAUUGGAAAGAGCCCAUGAAGGAGUAAAAGCAAAAUGCUAGAGAUUUGUAUCUCCUCUUUUUGUUUUGUCUGAACUCUUGUUACUAAUGUGGGAAGGAAAAGACAAAGUCUGUACCUUCAGCAAUUUGGAAGAAAGAUGAUUUUGCACACAGCGUUCAGGUGGUGGCAGAAAGGUAGGAGUUAAUCUCAGGGGCGCUGUGUUCCCUAUUAGGUAAAAGUAACCUUGUAAAGUCAGAAUAGGGGAGGGCUAACAAACAGUUGGCUGGCUGAGGUGGUUGUGCUGAAAGAAGGAAAGAAAACCCACAAACAAAACCCACACAAGACCCGAUCUCCUUAAAAUUGAGCUGUUUCUCACUGGGAAGAAGCUUAUUUUGAUUAAUCGUCUGUGAAUGUAUUUAAUUCCGCUGAUGCUGCCUUGCCAGGAGAACCC